CCCAUGCUUCGUUCAAACGGUGUCCAUUUGCGCCCCUAACCGUAGUGGGGCAGUGGGGUAUUUUCAGUCCGUAUCUGGAGCUGGAGUGGAACUAUGGAUCGUUCUACUCUAAGAAGAAUGCGAACUCUAACCGGAUUAAUCAUCCUGGUGUUUGUAGUUUCCUGCUUGAUGCUACAACUUCCCAAAAACAGACUUCAUGAUGAGACAGAGAAAUCUCCAGCUCCAUUGAAAGAAGCGCUCACGCAGCCACCACAUCCGGAUCCCGUGAAACCCAUCCAUCUGGCCCUCGUCAUCCACCGCCUCAGCGUGCUUGAUAGAGCCGUCACAAUGUUGAAAAGCCUCCUGUACUUCCAUGGUCAAUUCGAUCACAACUCCUCCGUCUGUAAUGUCACUUGGGAAACUCCCCGUGACUUGCACUGCAAUUCGAUUGGACAAGACGCACCCCGUCCACUUGUGUUACAUCUGGUUGUGCACCGAAAGGCUUGGAGAAAAACGCGCGCUCUUAUGUCUGAAUGGAACUCCACUGCACUUACGGUGAAAAUGUAUCCAUUUAAACUGGAACUGAUACUUCCCAGACUGAAAAUAGUAGGAUCUCGAAGGGUCCAAAUGGCUGUCCAGCAAUUGCUAUUGCCUUACAUUUUGGAUCCCAGGAUAGACAAGGUCAUCUCCCUCAGUCCAGAACUACUUUUCAACGAGAGAGUGGAAAAACUAUGGGCGCAUUUUGAUCGAUUUACUUCUCAACAAGUCAUUGGUGCCGCUUGUGAGCAAGUAGAUAAUUGUCAUGAAUGCUGUCCGCGGAACCAACAAGUUUACCCGGUAAGUACUACGACUGCUAUACUUUUCAAAAAACCUCGUGACCAUAUGUGCGUUUCCGCAUUGCUAUUAUAA